GAUGACGACCGUGCCGAGAGGACCCGGUCUCUACGAGUUCCUCACGGAGGCCGAACUCCAGCACUACUACAAUAACUUUAAGAAUGACCUAAAGGUGCAGAAUGUCGGUCAGCUUAAAUUCGUGGCCGACGAGGACCUGCAGGCCAUGGGCAUGUCCCGACCCGAGGUGCGCAGACUCAAAAAGUUCUUCCACAAGUAUUGUCCGCAGACUUAUCUUUCCAAAUUCAAGAAGAUCCUCUUAGCGCGGAAAGACGGCCAGGACAGCCCCGAGGUGGUCGUGCCGGACGAGACGGGCGACCGGCCCAGCGUGCGCGUCCCCAGCAAGCACAUCAUCCCCGCGGACGCGAUCGUCAUCAACAAGGAGCUGGGCGUGGGCGAGUUCGGGGUGGUGCAGCAGGGCGUCUGGACCAACGAAGAGGGCGAGAGGAUUCAGGUAGCUAUUAAAUGCCUCAGUAAGGAGAGGAUGCAGACACAGCCGAUGGAGUUCCUGAAGGAGGCAGCCAUCAUGCAUACCAUAGACUCCGAGCAUAUUGUGAGACUGUAUGGUGUUGUGCUGGACACAAAUGCCCUAAUGCUGGUAACAGAACUGGCUCCUCUUCGGUCUCUGCUCGAGUGCAUCAAGGAACCCUCUCUAAGAGUGAGUUUCCCCGUCACGUCACUCUGCCACUUCUGCAUACAGAUUUGCGAUGGCAUGUCCUACCUUGAGGGCAAGAGACUUAUUCACAGAGAUUUAGCUGCAAGAAAUAUCUUGGUGUUUUCCAAAAACAAGAUCAAGAUAUCAGACUUUGGUCUAUCAAGAGCUUUAGGUGUUGGAAAAGAUUAUUACCAAACAAAUUUUAAUGUUAAUUUGAAACUCCCAAUUGCAUGGUGUGCUCCAGAAUGUAUAAAUUACUUAAGAUUCACAUCUGCCUCGGACGUGUGGGCCUUUGGAGUAACUCUGUGGGAAAUGUUCAGCUAUGGCUUCCAGCCCUGGGCUGCACUUACAGGACAGCAGAUACUAGAAGCUAUUGACGAGCCAAACUUCCAACGUCUUGAACAACCCGAAGCUUGUCCUAAAGAAUAUUACACCAUAAUGCUCAAGUGCUGGCAACAUGACCCUGCAAAAAGACCCAAGUUUGCAGAUCUUAUGGACAUCUUGCCUGAUUGCAAGCCAGAGCAAGUCCAGGUAGUGCGGGAUUGUGAGGACCCUCCGACCACACCUGGAGGCAAGAGGGACCGACUGCAGUACUCUGUUGGAGAUGUCAUCACUGUCUUAGAUAAAAGACCCGUGACAGACAACCCAGGAGUCUGGAAAGGAGUGCUGAAUACAGGGAAGACGGGACUCUUUAACCCUGCCAACACUGUCACUUACUUGGGCACGAACAUUCCUUCCAACAAAUCAUCUUUCCAGAGAGGAGAUGGCAAAAACCCUUACUCUUCACGACGCCGGCUGAGGCCAGAGAUGAUAUCUGGGCCUCAAGGAGAUUUCAAGCACACCGGACACGUAGGACUGGACGGGGCAUACUUUGGUGAUGUCUCCUUCCUCGGAGAUAAGGUCCAGGCUGGGAGAUUUGUUCAAAAAAAGCUUGAUAAGUAUCAUCAGUUGCCGAAGCAGAUUGUAACCCCAUACAAGCCGUCGGAUGAUCAUGAUCAGUCUACAUCACUGACCCGUGCAAGCUCCGAUGUUUCAGACAGAGCGCCAUUACUAAAGAAGGUGGGCGACAAGGGUAAGUCUGGCCCAGCAGCUGAGCACAACUGGUCAGACACAGCCAGUGAGGACCAGCCAGACAGUCCAGCUCGCACACGGCAGUCAGACCAUGAGUACCACGAGAUCUCUGACGAGGAUGAGCCUUUGCCCAAAGUGGAGGUAGGAAAACCGUUCCGGAGCAGCUCUUUCGACUUGGGCCCAAGCCUGAUGGACGAGGUAUUCAAGGCCCUUGGUGGUUCUGCAUCCUCUGGCCCCUCAUCUCUGGAUGCCCCUGGCUCACUCCCCCCUCUGACACCCACACAGCAGUCGCAAGCUCUUCUAGAGGACAAUGAAAACCAUAAUGUUAAGAAUGAAAUCAAGGAGAUGACUACAAAGUUCUCCAACAAGGAAUGCUCCAAAAAGAAGCAGGCUAUGGUGAAGCCAAUCUCGGCUGCAGAUCAGCGUACCUUAGACUCUGCAAUAGCCAUGGCUAAUGCACUUGCCUCCAAAAGUAUACUGGAAUUAGAUCGUAAUUUGGAAAGUUCGGCGGACUCUGAUGGUGUCCCGGACUCCCCCAUCACCCCGUCAUCUCCCAGUAAACAGGGAGGGUCUCGCUUUUCCUUCAAAUUCCAUUGCAAGGGAAGUCCAAAGCCAGAGAGACGUCACUUUAGUGCUGAAGCUGCAUCUAUACCAGAUAUUCAGUCAAGUAUAUCAGAGGAGGCCAAAGAAGUGUACAACUCUCUGGUGGAGCGACCAGGCCUGGACUGUGAACCCUUGGCCUUUCGCAGUGAGCCAGAGCCACCUGUGUGUGAGCCAGAGCCUGCGGAACACAACCCACUGAGGAUGCUUCGAGCUGGGGUCACUGUCAGGCCCAAGAUUAGGGGCAACAAACACAACUUUACCUCAGGCUCCAGCACAAUAGAGAGAAGUCACGGGAUGAAGUCUGGAGGGGUUCGGGAAGGGUUAACGACCACGGCCAAUAAUAAUUUUGACCUUGGAACACACCAGACAUUACCCAAAGGUUUUAAGCAUAAUAAAGUCCCACCUCCAGUAAAACCAAAACCUUCUCCCUUAGUCAUACCUAACUCUGCCUAUAACGCUAAUAAUGAAUUCGGGGAAGUCAGCACGACACCGGAAAGCACAAGCACUGACGGUAGCAAUCAAGAUUCAGUAAAUCCUCUCCCACUCCCCCCUCGAGAUCGAACAAGACAAGCUGCACCCCUUACUAAACCCCGCCAUCAGAGAAAACACCCACUCAUCAUCCCUGGUGGCGUGACCAACUCUCUGCUCCGAGGGGGAGGUCACGUGCCAGCGUUAGCGAGCGUGAGUGACAAAAGUGAGCACACCAGCAGUCGGUUGGUCAUCCAGCAUACCCAUAAUCCCUUGCUGGAGACUCAUGGCACAGCUGCAGCAACUACAUCACCAGCUGAUGGAUUUACUAGCGAUGAGGCUACGAGCCCUUCUGGUCCUAGACUACCACCAGCCAAACCUCCUAGAUUAUUUACAAGUACGAGUGCCCUGGAUGACAGCUUUGAGAGUCAAGUGGCCAGUGAGAUGGAUGCCUUGGAUGACAUUCAGGAGGAAGAGCAAAGUCUCUCUCCUGUAGGUCCUCUACCUCCUCCCUUUCCUAACUCAGAUGCCUUCACUAACUCUUCUGACCCUCAUGUAACCACUAAUGGCUUUGGGGAGGGACCAGGAGGCGGCAGUGGGUCCCUUUACCAGUCUGGGGAUCAUGUGUCUUGUGAAGACCUGCUGGACUUUGCCAUGGACCGACCCAACUCGAGGCGGACACAGGGACCCGCCCGAGGCACUCAGUCAGAUGAAGUCCACAUCAUGCAGAAAGUUCUCAAGAAUGAGCAAGUUUCACCUGAAGAAUGUGUUGUGGCCCUGAAUGAAUGUGAGUGGGAUGUGCAUCGUGCCCUAAAGCUGGUACAUCUCCAGCUUCUCUUGAUUGUUCACCGGGUGCCCAUAGAAGUAGCUCGCCAUACACUGGCCUCCUUCUCUUGGGACGUGAGCAAGGCUGCCUCCUACCUGAUGGCCACAAGAGGAAGUGAUGAGGACACGGCACAAGUCUGAUCUGCUGUGUUACUAGUGAAAGUCAGCCCGGUGUAAUGAUGACGGUUCAUUCUUUUAUUUUUUUUUAUUUUGUGUUAUUUUAUUUUUUUAGUUAUAUAUUCAUUUGUCGUUUCAUUUAGGGGGAGUUGUCUUUUCUUUAAGGAAAAUGCUUACUCAAUUUGUGCAUUCAGUAAUGUUUGUUACUGAAAAAUGUUAGAAGACUGAUGUGAUUAAAGAGCAACAAAAAUGUCAAAGUCAAGACAGCAAUGGAGCAAUAUCAUAAACUAAAUGCCUGUCAUAGAAUGCUUAGACAACCUUUUCUGUGGCAGCAGUUUACUAACUCAUGUAUUAAAUAUUGUUUUUCCUGUUGCAGUAUCAUUACUCUUCUUGAAUCUUGGAUGUUGAAAAUUGAAUUGUUGAUAUUUUAUUGUCUCAUUAAUAUUCUGGAGACAUACCCUUAAGGUAUGAAGCCAUUUUCUUUUUAUUUUUUUCCAGAUGGAUACUGAUUAAUGUGUCUAUAAUGUGUAAAAAGUUACCAGACUCAGACUGAGAACAUGACGUCCGUACUUAGAUUUUACGCCAAGUAAAUUUAAUCAGCCGUCCUUCAUGCCUACUUAAAUUGCCUUCAGUUUAAGCAGGUGAUGAAUUUAUGCAGUUUGUAAUUAGCAUUAGAGAAAAGAUAAAUUAUUUAUGACAUCCAACUUUUCUUCUCUGUUUUCAUUUAUCUGUGCCCAUAAAGCCUGACUCUCCAAAAGUCUUAAGAUAAUUCUCAUUUCAUUAAUAUUAAGGUAGAUCGCUGCUCUUCGGUAGAUGUUCUAUUUUCUGAUACUGUCGAAUAAUGAAUGCUCCUUUUCUGUUCAUAUUUAUCAGUAAUAAAAGUUUCUGAGGGUUUGUAAUUCUUAGGGCAGCUGAUGACUGUCAUAUGAUGGAUAAAUAAAAUAAAUAAUCUAACAUCCGUAACCAUUAGAAUGAAUUUUGGUCAAGUUUGAUAUUCCUAUUAAAGUAUGAGAUGGUUUCUUUAUUAUUGUUUAAUGCUUAAUGAUACAGGGAAGCUAAUGUAUUUGAGGAAGUUGUAUUAUGCUGCUCUUAAUUUUUUUUUGUAAAGGUAUUUCAUAUUUUUAUUCAUUCCACUAUUGAGAAUAUGUACAACUACAUAAUCAUAUUGUUUUCUUUUUUCUCUUUCUUUCUUUUUUUAUUAUUAUUUUUUUUAAGUUACUGGAACAUCAUGUGACAUGAAAUUGCAAAGCCCUCAACUGGAGAAACAUUUUCAGAAUCAAUAUAAUAUGGUAGUAAUUCCACAUGCUGUCAUUUUAUUAUUAUUAUUAUUAUUUAUUUAUUAUUAUGUUUUUUUUUUUUACCUCUGUACAUAUACAUAUUUUGUGGUAUGUGGAUGUGGGAGUUACAUUUUAAUGCAGUUGUUUAGAAUAUAUAUUUUUAUUGGAUGAGUAAUUAUGUAUCCAGUUUAGAUUAUGCAAUUUUUAGGAGUAAAUGAACAAAGUUUUUUUUUUAAGGAUAGGAAAUAGUUUAUAUUGAAAAGGCCGGUGUUUAUAAACUAGGCACUAAUUGUUUCUAAAAAAAAUUUAUAUUGGUAUUGUAUAAAACUGUCAGGAAUAGAUUCCAAGCUUAAGAAAAUAAGCAUGAAUGGAUAUGCAUUGUAGCUAUGAAACAUGUAUUAAACUGUUAUCAAGCUGAGUAAUAUACAUCAGUAUAAAUAUGUUAAGCAACUGACAUAAACCUUUUAUCAAGUAGAGGUAUUUUUUAAUAGUUUGCCAACGUCUGAUGGAUCCCCUUUGCUUUUGCCCAGUUUGUGUGUUCAAUAAGCAAGAAAAAAAAAGUUAUAUUUAUUUGUUAGUCUUCCAACUUAUAGUUAUAUUAGGUGUGUAUGAAUCAAGAGAUUAUUAAUGAGCUUUAAUCUUAUUAUUUUGCCCCAUUUAUAUAUGAAUAUAUUUUCAUUUAUGCACUUUAAUUUUGUAUUAUGUAGGUUUUUUAAGCAUUACUGGCAUAAGAACAUUAUGAUGUCUUGUGUCAUCCUGUAAGAACCAUAGGUUUUUGGAACUGCAUUGUUGCAUAUUUUCAUACUUUUGUAUUUUUAUAUGGUCGAAUCAUGUCUGGUCUGCAACAGUAUGUAUAGAUUAGGAAUCCUUGUUGGGGGAAAGAUAUUGAGCAGUCUAGUCUUGAAAGCAUAACGACUGUAGGAAGUUCACAGAGCUUGCUGUGUUAGCUCCAACCUUCAGUUGUUUUGAGUUAUACUGAGAUGUGCAAGAUACUCUGUGGUUGGAAGAUACUUGCCCAUUCUGCAGUUAUUAAGGUAUGGAGCUAUGUUUGAAGGAAGUGCAAUGUUUGUAUGCCUGUAGCUAUAUAAAACCUUACAUCUUG